AUGGCUGCUAGUAUCAAUGAUUUGCCGAAUGAAAUACUCCAGUUCGUGUUCAGCUUGCUACCUCCAUACGAGCCCCUGGAAAACUGCGCGGCAGUUUGCAAACGAUGGAAUUUGCUGGCAAAAAAUGUGAAAGCAAGAACGAAUGCAAAUCUACAAAAAGGAUUCAUUGAUUUCAAUCUCUGUUGGAAGGAAAUCUUGAACGAGUCGACUCCCCGAAUAGCAGCUAGGUUUGGACAUGCUAGCCAGCUACACCGUAACUCCAUGUAUGUCUUUGGUGGCGCUUCAUCGUAUGAUACCAUGUUCAACGACCUUUGGAAGUUUGAUCUUUCUCGGCGCGAAUGGAUACGACCGAUUUCUAUGGGAACGUACCCGUGUCCAAAGGCUGGUGCUUCGCUGGUGUGUUACAACAACUCGCUUGUACUGUAUGGCGGUUGGCGCCAUCCGUCCACUGUUUUGGAAAUAUGCGCGCUGCUUAACGAGCUGCACGUGUACAACAUCGCCGAAAACCGUUGGACGGCACACAAUCAUGCCUUCGGACCGCCACCGAUGACGGGACACACUGCAACGGUACACAAAAAUCAGAUGGUUUUGUUCGGGGGCUACCAACAAAACCACGAUAGACACUGCACCUCAAACGACAUAUGGGUGCUAGACUUGGAGCGGUUUAUCUGGAAGAAACCAGACGUGUCCGAUUUAAAACCCUCGCCAAGGUAUGGUCAAUUUCAGAUGGCUGUAGACGAAAACCAUAUUCUAGUGCUAGGAGGAACGGGCGGGGUCAAUAGAAUGUACAAUGAUGCGUGGCUGCUAGACAUGCGAAAGGACACGUGGGUUUGGAAACGUGUGCAGGUGAAAAAUAAGCAAAGUACCAUCAUACAUAAUUGGUACUAUUCGGCAUGUAUUGUCGGUUCAAAGGUGGUUGUAUUAGGGCCUUCCUCUCCCAACGAUUUGCAAAAUAGGCCCACGGGCCUUCGACUGCAACCCGUCGCACGAGCCCGCCCCAACAUGGAGCACCAGCACAAUCGGUUGGGAAUGCAUCAGGGCAUGCAAGGUGCCGAGCCAAACAUACCACGUAAUAGCCUCGCACAAAGACCCAAUCUACCACCGCCUGCACCAGCAGCUGUUCAAGCGCCACUGCUAGCCCCGCCAGGUCCUGCAUUAUCUAGCAAAGAGAAUGCUACCCCUUCGUUGUCAGCUGCUUCUAAAACAACUGAGCGAAUAUCGAGCAAUGUGCCCACGGAGGUGAAACCUGGCCCUUCCGGACUGCGGUCGCUAAGUAGCCCCAAUAGUGGACCAUCUCAACGUCCCAUGCCUGUAAUUAGAAAUGCUUUCGGGCGACAAUCUUCGGAAGAUGAUAAUUUACCAAAACGCUUCAAUCAGCAGCUAUUGGAACAGAAUCACAUGGGAAUGGCCGCAUUUAGUGUCGAUUCGUUAAGUAAUCCUUCUUCAGCAAGUUUCAGGGAACGGCAGCUCGAGCGGUUGCGGAAAAUGGAAGAAAAAAUAGCUGCUAUGCGUCGCGCUAAAGAAUUGGAUCAGCAACAACAGCAUCAGCAGGAGCAACAACGGCAACAAAACCCACAAAGAGUAAACGGGCGUCAGGAUGAUCCACCACAAAAUGAAUCGAAAGAAUACGGGCCAGGGAAUAGAGAAACCAACAAGGAUAAAUCCGUAAAUAAGAGUGAUCCGUUUGACCCGAUAACGCCCAAGCGUAUCAAACGGAACGGUAUGGCCAUUUACGUAUGCGACGUAUCAAAUAUUCUCCCAUGCAGUGGGGCAGAGCCAUAUAUUGAAUGGCAGGAAUCCAAAAAUGGCGGUUUGCUCGCAGGUGCCCCAGGUCUCUACACCUUCUUUACGAUGGUUAACGGAACUGGUGAGCUGAUUGUUUUCGGCGGUUUAACCAAAAACUAUGAAUCGGAAUCUUUGUCUGUUACCAAUGCCGUACAUUUUCUCACUGUUCCCACAACCGUUGUGUAAGGUUUACUCCCGCGUUAUGCAUGAUCCUGCAUAAAAAGCUUAGUAACUGUAUUAAUUUUUCCACGUCUAG